AAAUGCUGCUUUCAUGUGUCCGUUAAAACGGUGGGUUUCCUGUCGUGUGUGUGUACCUUUUGCAUUUGAGGGCAGAUGACAUUGUGACUUGGUCUCCUGUGACCGUCUGUUCUCAAGGUCUCGCCAGCGUGGUGCAGAAACCCGGCCCACCCUGCUUACCUUGGAAGGCGGCUUUCCCUUCCCCACCUCCCUUUCCCCUCCAUCUCUUCCCUGUUUCCCUCUCUCCCCUCACUCUCGUCCCCCAGCUCUUCUCUCCCCUCUUGCUGUUCUGUCUCGCUCUCUCUUUUUUCUGCAUUAAACAUUUCGGGAGUUACUUUGUAAAUUAUUAAAAAGCGUUAGGUCUUAAACAUGUGUGUUUACUUGCAGGCCUGAGAACUGGGAGGACGCUGGAGAAAAGCUGCCCUCUGAAUGUUUGUUUGGCUGUCCAGGCUCGCCUUGACUCCAAAUGGUUGAAAACAGAUACACAGGGAUGUUCACGGAACGCCAGGCACCAAAGGGCCAGAAGCGUCCCCCUGCAGGACCAGCCUUGGCCCUGGUCAUCCUGCUGGAGCUGGCUGUGCAGAGAGGCACGCUGAGCCAAAUGUUGUCUGCCAUCCUAUUGUUGCUUCAGCUGUGGGACAGCAGGGCACAGGAGACUGACAAUGAGCAUUCUGCCCAGGGCACCAGCACCCCGCUUUUGCCCUUGCUGCAAAGGUUCCAGAGCAUCAUUUGCAGGAAGGAUACGCCCCACUCCGAGGGUGACAUGCACCUUUUGUCUGGCCCUCUGAGCCCCAGCGAGAGUUUCCUGAGGUACCUCCCCCUUCCCCAAGACAACGAGCUUGCCAUCGAUCUGGGACAGACCGUGGUUGUCGUCAUGGGCCAUUUAGACCGUCCGGCUACGCCCUGUUUGCCUCCGCUGUGUAGCGCUCCGACGUCUCGUAAGGUGUGUGCAAGAACCACGUUCUCCGUGUGUUUUGUGGCUAGUACCACCUCUAGGUUCUCAUCCUGGGCCCGUGUGGAGACUUGGUUUUCUGGUGUUGAUGGGGGAGCUGGCUUGUGGUUUUAAACGUGUUUGCAGUUGAAGGUGUUCCCCGUGUGGAGAGUGAGUGAUGAGCAAGCUGAGGUGCAGAGGCCUAGGGACCCAACCUGGGGGCCCAGGUUCCAGGUUCAGGUAGCACCGCCCCAGAGAGCUCCCCGUUAGCCACAGCCCCAGGCCCUCCCACCUUCUGCAGGGGGUUCCACAGCCUUCUUUAUACUCCGAAGGCGGGCUGCCAUAGUAUGUAAUGCUGGUUAUGGUAGUGACAGUAUAAUUCUAUAUUCUAUCUGUCAUGUAAUAGUAAUGGUAAUAGUAGUGAUUUGCAUGUGUGGAGCACCUAUAGGGUGCAGGCCCGCUGAGGACCUCAUGCAUGCUGUUGUAUCUCAUUAUGUCAAUGAGAAAAUUGCGUUUGGGAAUGGUGGUGAACUUUGCCAGGGUAUAACAGUAAUCUUAG